CCCAGUGUCAGAUCUAGGGCGUGCCAUCCUUGGCGAACCCCUACCAGACAGACCUGGGAAAGAAGAAUGGCCCUGUCUGAUGAAGACAAAUGCAACGUGAAAGAAUUCUGGGAAAAACUGGGUGAGAACACCAACGUGUAUGGCACUGAAGCCCUGUUUAGGACCUUUCUUUCUUUCCCUGCAACCAAGACCUACUUCCCCCACUUCGACUUCUCCAGCCGCUCCCGCCAGGUGCGGGCCCAUGGCAAGAAGGUAGCAGAUGCGCUGACUUUGGCCGUCAACCACUUGGAUGACUUGCCGGCCGCACUCUCCUCCCUGAGCGAUCUCCAUGCCCAGAGACUCAAGGUGGAUCCUAUCAACUUCAAAUUCCUGUCUCACUGUUUGCUCGUGACCCUGGCCAGGCACCAUCCGGGGAACCUGAACCCCGAGGUGCACGCUUCUCUGGACAAGUUCCUGAGCUACGUGUCCUCGGUGUUAACGUCGAAGUACCGUUAAGCUGGUAGAGGAGACCG